AUGCCUCUCAGAGAAUUCAAAAUCGUCGUUUUAGGUUCAGGUGGUGUUGGUAAAUCCGCACUUACCGUACAAUUCGUACAAGGUAUUUUUGUUGAAAAGUAUGAUCCAACUAUUGAAGAUUCAUACCGUAAACAAGUUGAAGUUGAUGGAAAUCAAUGUAUGCUCGAAAUUUUGGAUACUGCCGGUACUGAACAAUUCACAGCCAUGAGAGAUCUCUACAUGAAGAAUGGACAAGGUUUCGUUCUCGUCUACAGUAUCAUUUCCAACUCUACUUUUAACGAACUCCCAGAUCUCCGUGAACAAAUUCUCCGUGUCAAGGACUGCGAAGAUGUCCCAAUGGUUUUGGUUGGUAACAAGUGCGAUCUCCACGAUCAACGUGUCAUCACCACCGAACAAGGAGAGGAACUCUCUCGUAAGUUUUCAGGAUGUGUGUUUUUGGAAGCCUCUGCCAAGAACAAGAUCAAUGUCGAACAAAUUUUCUACGAUCUCAUCCGUCAAAUCAACAGAAAGAACCCAGUCGGUCCAACAAAGGACAAGAAGAAGUCUAGCUGUGUUUUAUUGUAA